AUCCGGAAGUGACUUCACUCACGAAGUCAUGCGUUUUCCUCCUCCCUCCCGAUCCUCUUCCUUGUGUCUCGUAUCUUUAAGCUUCAGGGCAAGGAAAGCUAGUCUUCGCAAAGCGGCUCACGGAACCUUUCUGAGCGAAGGGCCGGGGAGUCAAGCACCUUGUCGGGAGUCUCCAAUCCGAAGUCAUGUCGGUGGGCUGCGUUUACACACGGCUGAAUCUUCUUCUCCAAACGCCCCGCUUGAUGCUGUUCCACCAUCCCAGUUGCGCCAUCCAUGCUUCUAGUGCCACACUCGCUGGACAUAACAAGUGGUCCAAAGUCAAAAAUGUGAAGGGUCCUAAAGAUACCGCACGUGCCUUGGUCUUCCAAAAACUUGCCAUGAUGAUCCGCUUUGCUGUAAGGGAAGGAGGAUCCAACCCAAAUUUUAACAGUAAUUUAGCCAACCUUAUUGAGGUGUGUCGAAGGAAGAAUAUGCCCAAAGCAUCCAUUGAAACAGCCAUCUCUGGUGCGGAGAAAACAAAAUCGAUCUAUCACCUCUGUGGCAUCCGAGGUCCAGGUGGCUCAUCUUUCUAUGUGGAAAUACUGACAGACAACCUAAAGAGGUGUUCCAACGAAAUCCGACAUCUUUUAAACAAAAAUGGGGGGAGCAUUGCUGAUGGGAUCCACAGUCAUUUUGAAAAAAAGGGGGUUGUGACUGUGAGCAAGGAAGACAAAUCUGGCAGGCCUCUCAGCUUGGAUCGGGCACUCGAGUUGGCAAUUGAAGCCGGAGCUGAAGAUGUCCAGGAAGAGGAAGAGGAGGAUGAGAAGGUGGUGCUGAAGUUUAUUUCUGCUGUGUCCACCUUGCACCAAGUACGUGAAAAACUGGAGUCCCUGGGUCUUUGUUCCUUGUCUGCUGGCCUUGAAUUCAUCCCAAUUAUCCAUGCCCAGCUAUCAGAUGCAGAGAUGGACGGGGCCUUGAAAUUGAUAGAGGCGCUUGAGGACCACAUGGAUGUUGUUCGGGUAUAUAACAACAUUGCCUAGCUUUCCCAGCCUACCUCCAGGAGCUACUGAAGCCUUGCCAGCUAAAUUCUGCUAUUAUUUUUCCCUGAUCCAAGCCAUGGCUACUAAUGUUGACACGGUAGAUGAGGUUUGCUGUUUCUCUCUUGCCCCCCUUUCCAAAUUCCUUUUCUGAAGGCAGCCCUGCGGCAUGUACAAAAUGUGGGUGCUAGAAAAGUACUAGAGCAAGAAGAUGCUAUGACAGCUUCUAGAAAUAUCUGGGAUUGGUUACUGGCUUCCACUGGAGGACAAGCACCGCAGUGAUGCUGUCUCAUUAACAACUCAGUAUAGCAAACUAAUUGAAGAUAUUCCCAAGCCAACCAUGAUACACUGACUGAAAUUUCAGUAACCUUGAUGUAACUUGAUAUCUCCAUGGUCCCUGUUUCCUGAGCCGUUGGGAGAGUUCUGCCUUCUUCAAGCAUGCAAGCUCGUGAAAAGCUCUUACGUGCAGCUGGAGGGGAAAGCAGAUUUUAAGUGUGAUGGACCCAGUUUGGAUACAUAACCUUGCUACUUUGAGAUACCUCUGUGAUGGAUAGUAAAUGUAUCCAAAUAGCCAUUCUGAUUCGUCCUUGAGAAUCAUUCAGCAGCAAUUAACAUUUGUGUUUCUAGGAAAAUUAUCACUUGGUUUUUUUCUCUUAGCUUGGUUUGUUCAGAAAUAUUAAUACAGAAAUUGUAAGAGAAA